GGGUCAGAGACCUGGUGGACAGGCAAUGUGGCAUCAGUUUAUGCUGAAGUCUUAAAAGCAGAAACAAAACAAAGAAUCCAGGAACUUGAGCAAAGAAAUGUGCAUAGAAAAACACAACUUUAAAAUAACUUCCUUGAUCUCCAAAGAGCCAGUUCCCCAUAGUGUAAGUGCUUUGGACAGAGGUUCUUUGGCAGAACAUAGAUGAGUUCUGUUUAGAUAAGGGGAACCUUAAGUGUUGAAGAUACAGUGGUGAAAUGGAACGAUUAGAAUGGACUGGAAAUGAUUUCCUGUUUGCAGAUGGACUGGCACAGAGACAGGAUCGUCCUCCGGUUACCUCAAAACCAACUUCCCCAGCUGUGUGCUGUUCUGACCCAGGCUUCAGAGGACUCGAUCCUGCCUGCGGACCCGAUCCUACCCUAGCGACUCAAACAGAAGGUUGCUAGGAUCCUAAGGCAGACAGCCACUCCAGUAGGAAGAGAGUGCGGAAGAAAUGAGUAACUUAUGAAAUGGGAUGAAAUUAAAAUUUACAUCUCCCUCUUUGGGACCCUGAUGAGAGAUGUAUGGUCACUGCUAGAAGAUGCAGGAUUUCACACAGAAAGUGACUGGGAAUAGUUCUACUAACUGUACCAUUAAUCACAGCAUACACCAGACUUUAUCCCCCACUAUAUACAUACUUGUCUUUGGAGUAGGUCUCCCAGCUAACUGCCUCUCGCUGUACUAUGGAUACCUACAGAUCAGGGCCAAAAAUGAACUGGGGAUCUAUCUGUGCAAUUUGACUAUAGCAGACCUGUUCUACAUCUUCUCUUUGCCUUUCUGGCUCCAGUACGUUUUGCAGCAUGACAACUGGACCUAUGACGCAAAUCUGUGCAAAAUCUGUGGCAUACUCCUGUAUGAAAACAUCUACAUCAGUGUGGGCUUCCUCUGCUGCAUCUCCAUUGACCGCUAUCUAGCAGUGGUACAUCCUUUUCGUUUCUAUCAGUUUCGGACAAUAAAGGCUGCUGUGGUAGUGAGCAUCAUAAUCUGGGGCAAGGAAAUUCUGAUGAGCUGGUUUGUCUUUAAGCAUGCUGAUAUUAGUAUGGAUGCAGAGAGUCAUAUAAUAUGCUUUGAACAUUAUCCCAUCAAAGAUUGGGAGCACAACAUCAAUUACUACCGCUUCUUUGGUGGCUUCCUUUUCCCCUUCUUCCUACUGCUCUUUUCUUACUGUGGCAUUUUGCGAGUUGUCCGCAAGAGCCAUGGUACGCAAAAGAAGACAAAAAUCCAAAUUAAACGUCUAGUUUCAAGCACAGUUAUAAUUUUCUUGGUUUGCUUUGGACCAUACCACAUCCUGUUGGUAAUUCGCAGCUUGUUUGAGAACAGCUGCAUGUUUGCAGAGAAAAUCUUUAACAUUUACCACUUUUCUCUCUUGUUGACUAGUUUUAACUGUGUUGCUGACCCAGUAUUGUACUGCUUUUCCAGUGAGAGCACCUACCAGAAUUUUGUCAAAAUGAGAGACUCUGGUUUAACAUGCCUAAGAUGUUUAAGGACUAAAACCCAGGUAUCCUACCAGCUGAAAACUCUAGAAACCCUCAGAAAAAGCAACAGUGUACCAGCAGUUGAAGAGCCAGAGUUAUUAAACAAACUACAUACUGUCAAUGAAAUGAAAGACUCCUCCAUGGUCAGUAUAGACAGACUCUAGCACCCAUUAGAAAGGCAGACUGAUCUAAAGUUUCCAGGUCUAAGUUUGGGCUUCAGUCUUUGGUUUAUAAAUGUAUUGCAACUGCUUUACAUUCUAAAGAGCUUAAUAAUUCAUCACUAUUAUAAGCAGAGCUGAGUUGAUACUCUUUCCACAGGGGGAAUUCCUUAGUUCCUUUGAGUAACCUGGGCCUUGACAUAGGGCAGGGAAAAUAUACACCAGGUCAGUUUAGCUCAGGUCACAUGUAUAUAUUACUGAUUCAGUAUAGCGCUAGUCAUGGGGAAGCUGCUUUUCUGAUGACUGGACUGGCUGAAAUAAGAUGUUAGUGGUGUGAAUUUUCCAUAAUGGUCUUUAAUUGCUGAUUGUUUGUCCAUGUAUUGACUUUAUGAGAAAGCUGUCAAACUCUGUGAUCACCUUGCUGAAAAGGUGGAAGAUGGAACAAAUUAUGUAAAAUGAAGUGAUAAACAUUUCCCAAAAGAA